AUGAAGUCCCUUCUGGCUUUGGGCUUGAUUGCCACUGCUUUUAUUCUCACUUCAGCUUGGAGUUUUGACAGUGCAAAGGUGUUUCGUGCAAAGCCUCAUAAUGAAAAGCAAGUGAGCUUCAUGAAGCAUUUGGCCAGCAUUUUAGAGCUCGACUUUUGGUAUCCAGACUCAGAAUUGCAUAUCAUCAGCCAGAUGGAGGUAGAUUUCCAUGUCCAUGCCAAUCAGUCCAACAUUGUUCAGACUCUGAUGGAGAAGAAUAAAAUACAAUAUGAAGUUUUAUUUCCAAACCUGCAAGAAAUCAUUGAAAAACAGGUUGGCAAUGAGACAAAUUUCACCAGCAGACACAGUUAUACAAAAUACAAUGAAUGGCACAAGAUUUCUGCAUGGACUGCUAGAAUUGCAAAAAAGAAUCCCACGCUGGUUUCCCGCAUCCAGAUCGGAAAUACCUUUGAAAAACGACCCAUGUAUCUCCUUAAGGUUGGGAAAGAAAGAGGGAAGGGAAAGGCUAUUUUCAUGGACUGUGGAAUUCAUGCACGAGAGUGGAUUUCACCUGCUUUCUGCCAGUGGUUUCUGAAAGAGGCCACUCAGACCUAUGGAAAGGACCAGAAUAUGACAAAUAUACUGGACAAUAUGAACUUUUAUAUCCUUCCUGUGUUCAACAUAGAUGGCUACAUUUGGAGCUGGACCCAGAAUCGCUUGUGGAGAAAGAAUCGUUCCAAGACAUCCAACAGUGACUGUGUCGGUGUUGACCUCAACAGGAACUUUGGUGUUGCAUGGGGCACUGUGGAUUCUUCCAGAAAUCCAUGUAAGGAAACCUACUGCGGGUCUUCUGCAGAGUCGGAACCUGAAACGAUAGCAGUGACAACUUUCAUCCGUAACCACCUUUCUUCAAUCAAGGCCUACCUAACUGUGCAUUCUUACUCUCAGAUGCUGUUGUUCCCUUAUGGCUACACAUAUGAGGAUGUGGCCAACCACAAUGAGCUGAAUCAAGUUGCAAAGGGAGCUGUCAAAGCUAUAUCCAGCCUGUAUGGGGAAGAGUAUAAGUAUGGAUCAUCGGCAAUUACAAUCUAUCCUUCAUCGGGUUGUUCUGAAGACUGGGCCUACGGUCAGGGCAUCAAAUACUCCUUUGCCUUUGAGCUUCGUGACAAGGGCAAAUAUGGUUUUCUCCUCCCUGAAUCUCAGAUCAAGCCAACUUGUCAAGAAAUUGUGCUGGCCGUCAAGUUCAUUGCCAAUUACAUCCUCAGCCAAGCUUUGUAA